AUGCCAAAGAAAUCCAAGUCUCCCGUAGUACCCACUCCAGCUGAAGUCAGUGACAUCAAACGAUUAGAGGAAGAAUUCUAUGAAGGUGCUGAGAAUGCCAACAACCUGGUUGAUUUGCGGGGCUUUACAUCGCAUGAGAACAAUGUAGUGUCCAUGCGUGCGUUGGAAAGCUUACAUCGCAUAUUCAUGAAGCUGAUGAGCGAGGGAAUGUUGACGAAAAUUGGGAACAAAAAG